AAUGAAGUUUCAGUGAGCAACAGCAAAUCAAGAAUGCUUAGCAUUUCCAACAUUUUUUACCCUUAAAUGCUCAAUCUAAAAGUGAAUGUGACUUCAAACCAGUUGACUAUCAAUAGGAACCAAAAGUGGUCUAUAGUUCUAGCGAAAUUGAAAAACAAUAUGUUUAGCAACAGGCCAAUCAGGAAGUUGAUUCCAAUUUUACUAACAAUACAAUACAGCUACACCAUGUCGGCCACGCAACAAACCUGGCGCCCUAAGGUUUUGGUGACUAACAAGGAGACUCCAGAAAAGGGCCUGACCAUCCUGCGAUACAAAUGCGACGUGAUUUUUCCAGAGAAUGUACCAGCGACUAGGGAUGAAAUUCUGAAGCUGAUCCCCGGAGUGGACGGUAUCAUGUGGGUCGGCCACUAUGCUCUGAAUGGCGAGGUCCUAGAUAUCGGCGCUCCAACGUUAAAAGCCAUAUCGACAAUGUCAGCUGGCAUGGAUUACGUGGACUUGGAAGAAUUCAAACGACGCAAUUUUCCGCUGGGAUAUACUCCCACGGUAUUGAAUGAUGCCGUCGCGGAUGAAGCAAUCGGAUUGAUGAUCGCUGCCGGGAGACGUUUCCACGAAGGACGUUUGAAAAUCGACAACUCUCAAUGGCAAGGUGGACCACAGUGGAUGCUGGGACGUGACAUCAAGGGAAGCACCGUCGGUAUCCUUGGGCUCGGCGAAAUUGGUCUCACCAUUGCAAAGCGAUUGAAGGGUUUCGAAGUGGGUGAUAUAAUCUACAGCGGAAGGAAGCCUAAGCCAGAAGCAGAUUCGAUCGGUGCCAAAUUUGUCUCCCAAACAGAGCUGCUGAAGGAGAGUGACUAUGUGUUUGUUUGUGUGCCUUUGAACAACGGAACCCGCCAUAUGAUUAAUGGAACCACAUUGAAACUUAUGAAGCCUACGGCGGUGUUGGUUAAUAUUGCUCGUGGCGAGAUUAUCGAUCAAGACGCCCUUGUAGCAGCGUUAAAAAAUGGCACCAUUUUUGCCGCUGGACUUGACGUAACAACUCCUGAGCCACUACCCGCUGAUAGCGAACUGUUGAAGCUCCCCAAUGCCGUUGUCGUCCCUCAUUUGGGAUCUGCUACGCAACGCACCCGAGAGGACAUGUCUGUUAUUGCAGCACAUAACGUUCUGGCUGGAAUUGCUGGCACUCCGAUGUUAUCACCAUAUCCGUAUUGAUGUUCAUACCUGACUACACGUUUUUUUAAACCGCAACCUGAUGCCUUUCUUAAUGGAUUUCAAAUUUUUUGGCACAUUUACAAUAUUUACUUAAUUGUCAAAUAUAUGUACAUCGGUAGUAAAAAAAAGAAAAAACCAAGUUAUGAUAAUUAUUAA